AUGGAUGCUGGCAUCGAACUCUCCGCGGUUCAUUCCCGCCCUCCUCAUGGUCUCGUCCAGGAAAACCUUGCGAUCUCACGAUCCGCCACGACGGACGACGAUGCGCUAAUGAAGCAGCACAGCACCAUCCAGACUGUUUCGAGAGUGGACUCCCAGUCUGCCGCGCCGUCGACGGCUGUUUCGGCGUCAACACCGGCAUCGCGCCGUUUAGCUAGGUUCCAGUUUGCGACGCUGUGCUGGACACUCUUCCUAGCGGGAUGGAACGACGGAACUACCGGCCCUCUUUUGGAUCGGAUACAGCAUGUGUACCACGUCAACUUCGCUCUCGUAUCUCUCAUCUUUGUCUUCAAUUGCCUCGGGUUCGUGAUCGCUGCCGUGGGGAACAUGUGGCUCACGGAUCGCCUUGGCUUUGGCAAAGUUAUGAUAGUCGGAUCGAUUGCACAGAUUAUCGGCUACACACUAGCAGCACCAGCACCGCCCUUCCCCGUAUUCGUCAUGGGAUACUUCAUGAACGGCCUUGGAAUUGCUCUUCAGGACGCAGGUGCCAACAGCUACGUCGCCUCCAUCAAAGAUAGCCCGUCUACGAAGAUGGGUAUCCUGCACGCCGUUUACGGUGCUGGUGCGUUCGCCGCGCCCCUCGUGGCCACGCAGUUUGCACAGCAACGCAUGUGGUCCUACCACUACCUCAUUUCACUGGGGAUUGCGUUGUCGAAUGCCGCGCUCCUGAUCGCCGUCUUCCGCUUCAAGGAUCAAGAUACAUGCCUAGCAGAAAUUGGCCAGGCCCCGAGCAGCGACGAGCGCGGGAGCGCCGACGGUAGCAAGUACAAACAGAUGUUCCGGUUGCGCGCAUUGCACCUCCUUGCAUUCUUCGUCCUCAUCUAUAUCGGUGUCGAGGUCACCCUUGGUGGAUGGAUUGUCAUAUAUGUGAAGCAGCUGCGUGGAGGAGGCCCCUCGUCCGGGUACAUCGCUUCCGGUUUCUUCGGCGGUCUCACCGUCGGCCGGGUCGGCCUUCUAUGGGUGAACCAGAAGGUUGGGGAGCGCCGCGCCGUCUUCCUCUACUCCAUCAUCGCAGUUGGUCUUGAACUCGUCGUAUGGCUCGUCCCUUCGCUCAUCGGCGGGGGUGUCGCCAUCUCCUUCGUCGGCUUGCUACUCGGGCCCAUCUACCCCAUCGUCAUCAACCACGCCGCGCGCGUGUUACCACCCUGGUUGCUCACGGGAUGCAUUGGAUGGAUCUCCGGAUUCGGUCAAGCCGGGUCGGCGUUCCUGCCGUUCGUCACGGGCGCGCUCGCGAGCAAGGUCGGGAUCAAGGGACUGCAGCCGCUAUUGGUGUCGAUGAUGGGCAUGAUGAUCGCACUGUGGGCUCUGGUUCCGGGCAGUCCGCGGCGGAAGGACUAA